AUGGCAUUGGAGAUACCGUUCAAAUUCAUUGACGUGACAAGACUUGACAAUGAGGAGUCCGUCAAGUACGAGGUGCGAGCUCAGGCCGCCCUACAUGGCUACUACGCUUGUGCAAAGAGACUGCAGGCUGUUGCCGACGCGAGUACUGGUCCUCAAGCUAUCAGGCGAGCCGGCAAAGGAAAGAACAAGAGACAAGCCAACAGUACAGACAAGUCCGAUGACAGACCAAGGGAUAAGACUGGCUUCAUCCCAGUAGAGUCUACGCUCUUGACUCCAUACAGUCAGCCACCGGAACUGAGAGAUCAAGACUGGAUCGACUGUAUACUGAAUACGUAUUUCAACUUCAUCAUGCCGCCCAAUUGGCUCGCAUGUGAUAUGGAUGCUAAAGUAGGAUUCCCAGCGGGCACAUUCGUCAACUGGUACGAGAUGCCUCUCUACACAGAGUCUACAUAUCCCGGCAAACAACUGACCGCAGACUUUUGCCGCUUCGGCCGAGACUCUCUCCAAAAAUUCCUCUGGCUCAAAGGGCAUCUUUUGCGACAGAUCAACAUGGUCAUUGCAGACCCGCAACGGAGGCUUGACAGUUUGGCUAUCUUGGCCGUGCUCCAUAUGGCAUGCUACGAGGUCUUCGCCGGGAAUUUUUGCGUUGCAACGGAAGUGCAUAUUCCCGGACUGCGUCGUCUGUUGGCGCUCCAAGGGGGCGAGCAGGAGCUCGAGAAGAAGGUCCCGGCGUUUGUUAUGGGGACUCGCAGGUGGCUCAGCGAUGUUUUGACGCGAUCAUGCGGUUGCCAGCCUGUGAUCUCUCCUCUCGGGGUGGAUAUUGGUGAUGUCGCCGGGCAGAUGAAGACGGCGUUCGACGACAAGCUGGGUAUGGAGAUUUACGGCGAGCGUUAG